AUGAACAAAAGUCGAGGAACAGAGCUCGUGGCACCAAGAAAAACAAUUCAGUUCGGCGGAUAUACGUUUGUGGAGCCGGAUUUGAAUUUUAAAGCACCAAUUUUCUCGUGUUGUGGAUCGAUUCAAGAUGCAUCUUGCGAUAAAGAAUUCGAAGAAUCCGACGAGGAGAUAGAAGAAGUGCCGCCACAGCCACAAUCAUAUCAAUCGGCUCCUUCGUCAAGUUAUAAUAAACCCGGACCGAGCAGUUCUAAUAGUUAUCAGAAUGAGCCGAUGAAUAACAGCUGGAACCGACAACAAAACUAUCAAACGAAUUCGAAUUCUUAUCACCACGAAGAUGAUGAUGACAUAUUUAUAGACGAACAACCGGCGUAUCGACAAGUCGACAAACCGGCAGCGAGAAGCUAUGACGUUGACGAUGAUCCGAUGGAUGACAGCUUUGAGAAUUUCCACGCAACAAGUUCAGAAGUGCAAGGAGUUCCCGAUGAACCAGACGCCGCUAAUGACAGCUUUGAUGAUUUCGAAUCAAUUCCAGCCGCGACCACUAAAAGUUUAGCAACACUUCAGAAAUCAAAUUCAGAGUCAACUUUGAAUCAGAGACAUGAUAUGCACGGAAGAUUCCGAGGAUUUUUGCAAGACGAUAGUGAGGAAUUUAAUAAUGAAUUGGAAUUACUCGGCGCCGACAUGAACGAAGAACUCUACAGCACUCUUAAAUCGAAAUUCGGAUUCAAUCAAUUCAGACAUCGUCAGAAACAGUGUAUCCUUUCGACUUUAAUGGGCAACGACACGUUUGUUCUGAUGCCGACUGGAGCUGGAAAGAGUCUGUGCUACCAGCUGCCGGCUGUAAUUCUACCUGGAGUCACCGUGGUUGUGUCGCCGCUUCGGUCGUUAAUUGAGGAUCAGAAAAUGAAAAUGAAAGAAUUGGGAAUUGGCUGUGAAGCUCUGACUGCUGACCUAUCGGCUGGAGCACAAGAAGACAUUUACGCUGAUCUGACUUCAGAGAAUCCAACGAUAAAAUUGCUUUACGUAACACCGGAAAAGAUCAGUGCAUCGGGUCGUCUCAUUUCUGUUUUCUACACCCUCCAUCGUCGGGGCCUACUCGCCCGAUUCGUCAUCGAUGAGGCUCAUUGUGUAUCACAAUGGGGACACGAUUUCCGUCCAGACUACACGAAACUCAGCACGCUACGAGAGAAAUUCCACAAUCCCCCUGUUCCAAUUAUUGCUCUAACUGCCACAGCGACUCCGAAAAUCGUCACCGACGCUAGAGAUAAUUUGAAAAUGCAAAACUCGAAACUAUUCAUCAGUUCAUUUGUUCGAGAUAAUUUGAAAUACGAUUUGAUUCCGAAAGCUGCGAAAUCGUUGAUUAAUGUUGUGGAGAAGAUGAAACAAUUGUAUCCGGGAAAAUCGGGAAUUGUUUAUUGCCUGUCUAGAAAAGAAUGCGAAACCGUCCAAAUGAUGCUCACAAAAGCAGGUCUUUCUGCAGAAGUAUACCACGCCGGUCUCAAUGAUGGUCUCCGAGUUUCAGUUCAAAAAGGAUGGCUCGCCAACAAAUUUGAUGUGAUCUGCGCUACAAUUGCAUUUGGAAUGGGAAUCGAUAAACCAGAUGUUCGAUUUGUCAUCCAUUACAGUCUUCCGAAAUCAAUCGAAGGAUACUAUCAAGAGACUGGUAGAGCUGGUAGAGAUGGAAUGCCGUCGUAUUGUUUGAUGCUCUAUUCAUAUCAUGAUUCGAUUCGUUUGAGGCGGAUGAUUGAAGAAGGGAAUACGACAACCGGUGUCCGAUCGAUGCAUCUCAACAAUGUUCUUCAAGUUGUUGCUUACUGUGAAAACGUUUCCGUCUGUCGACGAAAGAUGCUCGUGGAGCAUUUUGGAGAGGUCUACGAUGAGCAGUCGUGUAGAAAUAGCAAGACUCCGUGUGAUGUCUGUGAACGACAACGAAAAAAUCCAGAAGCAAUUCGCUUGUUUGACGUCUCGAAUGACGCUUUAUCGAUUAUGCAAUGCUUGCCACGUAUGCAGAAAGCCACUUUGAAGUACAUAUCAGAACUUUAUCGUGGAAAUCUCAUCAAGAAGACAUCAGAACAGGCGGUUCGUAUGGGACACACAAAGCUUCCGUUCUACUCGAAAGGCGCAGGAAUGACGGAACAAGAUGCGUUGAGAUUCGUUCGAAAGUUGGUGAUCGAGGGAUUAGUUCACGAAAGGUUGUACUCUAUUCCGAAUCAGACAGCUGCUGUGUUGGCGUAUGCAGAAUUGACGGAAGCUGGAAAAGAGAUAGCAAGUGGAAAGAAACAAGCAAAAGUGUAUCUUCACAUUGUGACGUGCGAGAAAAAACGAAAGAACGCUGGUUUGAUUGAAUUGUCGAAUAUGAAUACAGUAUCAGAGGCACAAGCAUUGAAAGAGAGACAUAUGGUCAAGCAUGGCGAUGUCUUCACAAAAUGCCUUCAAGAUCUCACACAACUGAUCACUGCCGUCGCCGAGAGUUCAGGUCUUUCGGGUCCAUAUUCGAUUGUGUCUCGAGAGGGAAUCGAACAGAUCGCUGCACUUCUGCCACGUACGAAUUCAGACCUCUUGCGGAUUGACUCAAUGACUCAAAUCAAAAUUACAAAGUAUGGUCGUCUUAUCAUGGAGCUUCUGGCAACAUAUUGGAAACAAGUCGAUGAAAGAGAAGAAACAGAAAUGAGGAAUCAAUUAGAUAAACUGAAAAACGGAGAGAUUGUGAUGGGUGGAUUUGCGACUUUGUCAUCUGAUAGCAACUUCCCACCGGCUCCGUACAUGAAACCACUUGGAGGUGGAAGAGGAAGGAAACGAACGACUCCGGGAUUCUCAUCUGGCCGAGCUGUCAAAAAACCACGUGCAGUUCCACCAUCAGGUCGUGGAAAAACACGUGGAAGAGGAACGACAAAAGCGACGUCUGGAUCAACUGGAAUGAGAAAAAAUAUGUUCCCAUCGACAUUUUUCUAA